AUGAGCAAUAAUAAAAGUUACGCGAACAAUGAUGAUAUGAACGUCUUUAACACAUCAUUUUUAAAUAAAGAUAUCGUUCUUUGGAUUUACAACGAAACUCAUCUUCAAAGACGUCUUCCAGCUAUGAUUUUGUCUGGAUUUCUAAUGCUGGUCGGUAUCAUAGGUAACACACUAGUUGUAUAUGCCUACGGAAUGAAGUUCAAGAAAUCUUCAGCUAACUUUUUCAUAUGUUCGUUAGGAGUAAUAGAUCUAACAUGUUGUGUUUUAAGCAUUCCUUUCGAGAUAUUUACGUUACGCUUCCAUUAUGUAAAUUUUAAUACUGUAGCCUGCAAAUUUUUUCGAGGAGUUGGAAUGGCUGUUUAUAUUGCAGAAGGAUUCAUGCUUGUAUUCAUCGCUUUUGACAGAUAUUACAAAGUUUGCAGACCAUUAAAAGUAAGCUACAUGUCAAAAUCAACUUCUCAUCUCAGUAUAAUCGUCUGUCUAGGACUGAUAUUUGGUUGGCCGGCAGUAUUUGUAUUUGGUGAACAUUCCACAGAGACGACGUUUCCUGAGAUUUAUGGUAAAUCCUGUAUGGUAGACGAUAACCUUAAAACCACAUUAUAUCCUACCUUGUUUUUCUGCAACCUUCUUCUUAUUUUUAUUGUAUGUUUCAGUUUAAUAUUAAUACUCUAUGGGCGAAUAUUCUAUUCAAUACUAAAGUGGAAAAAAGAACGGGAUAUUUUGAAGAUGAAAUAUGCAAGACCAGAAAUUGGACUUAAUCGUAAUUCGUCUAGUUCAAGUUUAAGCUCAUACACUUUGUCGGCAUUAUACAGUCGGAAAGUAGAGUAUCAUAUACAUUUACAGUUGAAUAAUGAUAACAAUAGACAAUGUGAAAACACAACAAGAUCUUACUUACGUUUCAGUUUUUUAGAAAAGUGUAAUACUUCUGUAAAUCGGACUCAGACCGUCAAUAUGAAGAUAGUUUCAAGAAAUCGGAAGAACACUCGAAUGGUGAAAACAACUCUUAUAUGUGUAACAGUAACAGUUACGUUUAUCUUGAGCUACGUACCUUACCUAACCUUACAAAUCUUACUUAAAUCCAACCAACUUAAAGAGGAAAGCGAGAGUAUACUGUUACAUCAAAUGAUAGAGGUGGCAGCUAAGAGUUACUGCAUCAAUAACGCAUCAAACGCUAUCAUUUAUAGCAUUUUUAAUCCAAAGUUCAGACAGUGUUGUAAGGGAAUGUUUUAUCCAGUAAAAAAAUGA